AUGCUGACACAGAGCAGGGAUGACUACGACGCUGCCGCUGCCGCUGAGCUGAAGCGCAAGCGCACCUUCCGCAAGUUCUCGUACCGUGGUGUCGACCUCGACGACCUCCUUGACCUCUCGAAUGAGGACUUUGUCAAGCUGGUCCACGCCCGUGCCCGCAGGCGCUUCUCUCGUGGCCUGAAGCGCAAGCCCAUGGCCCUCAUCAAGAAGCUCCGCAAGGCCAAGAAGGAGGCUCCGCCGAACGAGAAGCCCGCGGUCGUGCGCACUCACAUGCGUGACAUGAUCGUGGUGCCGGAAAUGAUCGGCUCAGUCAUUGGUAUCUACAACGGCAAGGUCUUUACGACAGUGGAGAUCAAGCCCGAGAUGACGGGUCACUACCUCGGCGAGUUCGCUAUCAGCUACAUCCCUACCCGCCACGGUAAGGGUAGCCUGGGCAAGGAUGCCAUGGAUGCUGCGCACGCUGAGCCGUGCCGAGUAUGGAUCAUGCUCCUCGAUAAAUGGACUGAGGAUGCGCGCGCCCGCGGAGCCAAGUCGGCUACAGCCUACUUCAAAGCACAACGCGCGCUGUCCGAGUGCACGGACACUCUCACACAUCCAUGCGAAACCGUGCGUCUGAAAGGCAUUGGCGAUUCGAUCGCUCGCCGCUUGGAGGUCGAGUACGAGCAAUGGUGUCGAGAAAACGACCGAGAGCCACCCCAACGGCCCUCUGCCGGCAACACGAACGAUACAUCCACACCGGCCCCAGUGCGUGCGCGAAAGCAGCGGAGAACGAAGGAGUACAUUCCCGCCCUUCGCUCAGGAGCGCAUGGGAUUUUGGUCGGGCUCUAUACCAAGGUCGUGGAUGAGAGAGACGAGGAGGCCCAGGUCGGCAAAGCCGAGCUGAUCGCACGCGCACAGCCCUUCUGCGACAAAGACUACAAUGUUCCCAGCAGCGGUGGCAACCAUGUAGGACCACGCUCCUUGCGUCUUCAUGGCACGUCGUCCGCGAGUCAGUCUGCUGGGCUGUCGCGUCGUGCGUUUACUACGGCAUGGGCUGGCAUGAAAACACUGAUCGACAAGGGCUACGUAUACCGCCAAGGUAACCCCCCGCUCUUCUCUCUGAGUUCUCAAGGCUGGCAAGUAGCGCAGGCCCUGGCCACGGCCGAGGGCGUCGCAAAACCGCCCAGCCAGGACGCCACACAGGACCCCGCCGCCGAGCCCACGGAGGCUCAGUCGGAGCCAUUGCCCCCCUCCUCGCCGCCGGGUGACAUUUUGCCCCAACUCUACCUGCCACCACGGUCACAGCACGUUCUAGCUGACCAGGAUCCUGUGGACGUUAUUGACGAGGAGACAGCUGCCCAGGAAGGUGCCGACGCGAAUCUGCAUCUCCUCAUCAACCUGGUGCCGUCCUCCUCUGACGAUGUCUAUGAAGUGGGGCCUCCGACCCAGCCGCUUCCUAUUGGGACCCCGUGCCAGGGACCGAAGAGUAUCAGCAUCUCCUUGAUUGAUUCGUCACCUAUCGUGAUCAGUUCCAGCUCAAUGACCCCCCACGAGCCGAGAGAGCCGAUGGCGGCAACGCGACCGCCUGCGCCACGAAGCAGUCCCCUGUGCGAGCCUGCCACACCGUCCAUGCCACCAUGUUAUACCUUUCCACCUUCCUCGUAUACCAUUCACAUGGUCAUGGACUUUCGAGAAGUGCGCGCGCGCUCUUUGUCGAUGGCAGGAGGCGGACCGUCGCGCCGCGUCACUUUCGAAGAGGCACUACAGCAGCGUGGAGUUUCCUGUGAGCUGCGUGCACUAGAGCUAGGCGAUAUUGUCUGGAUCGCGCGGCCAAAGCCGGACCUGGAGCCAUCGCUCGCUCGGAUGUGGUCGUUCGCACAGGAGGUGGUGCUCGAUACGAUUGUGGAGCGGAAGCGCCUGGAUGACUUGGCCCAUAGCCUUGUCGACGGCCGCUGGCACAACCAAAAGAAGCGCUUGCAUGAAUCAGGGGCCGGCCAAGUCAUUUUCCUGAUCGAGGACUUUGAUGUGACGGAGCUGAUGCAGCGCUACGGUAAGCAGAUCCAAACGGCGAUCAGCAGCACGCAGUUAAUUGAUGGCUUCUUCGUACAGCGCACGGCCGAUGGGCAGGCCACGGUCGACUUUUUAGCCACGGUGCACCAGACACUGGAGGACAUGUACCGCGAUCAGCCUUUGCACGUGCUCAAAGAGCACACCAUUGACCGUGAUCACUACCAUGAGCUACAGCAGAGGCUGCGCGCGGACCACCCCAGCACGCUAUUUCAUGUCUCAUUCCACACGUACCAGCAGCUGAACGGCAAGAGCAGCAGCUCGGGGACCCUGCAGGACACGUGGGCCCGAAUGCUGCUGUACAUUCGAGGCACAUCAGAGGACAAGGUCUUGGAGAUUAGCGUGUUCGUCCGACGAGGAGGCGCGUCUCUUGCUGUCACGCACCAUUGA